GGUUCUGUCAAGGAUGAAAUUCGUCAAUACGGUUUACUGACCGAAACAGUGGUUCGCAAGUAUAUGCGCCAAAUUUUGGAGGGAUUAUGCUAUCUCCAUCACUACGACAUUGUCCACAGGGAUAUAAAAACUGCGAACAUCUUGCGCGAUUCUCAUGGCAACGUAAAGAUCGGAGAUUUUGGAGCUGGAAAGCGUUUACAGACAAUAUGUAGCCAAAGUUCAGCAGGGACGUUCAUUGGCACCCCUUACUAUAUGGCUCCAGAAGUGAUCAACGGUCAAAAAUAUGGACGUAAAGCGGAUAUUUGGAGUCUUGGCUGCACGCUGGUUGAAAUGCUGACCGGAAAGCCACCGUGGAAAGACCUUGAACCUAUGGCGGCUCUGUUCAAAAUUGCUACCGAGCCACCUCAAUACGUUUUACCUCCUUACAUUUCGGAACAGUUCACCAAUAUUUUGACUUUGCUGUUCAUGUGGGAGAGUGAAAACCGACCGUCUGCGAAAGAGGCACUUAAAAUUCUGUCCAAUGCCGUGACAUGA